GCUGCACAGCCGACGCGUUUGGCAUUACGGCGCAACGUUACGACGCGCCAGCAUCAACAACAGUAGACCGACAUCGUGCAAGGCGUUUCCCUCAUUUUCAUUGAAUUCCUUGCGCUGCGAGACAAGGAAACAAGCAGGUGCAGCGCGCAGUUUCUGAUCGAUAACUCCGCGACGAUGUCGUAUCGGCGGGCCGCACUGCUCAUAACAGCUGCAAACAUCCAUGGCUUCCACCAUACGCCAUCGCUGCGACGGCCAAAGCUCAGGGCCGCCAGCAUCGGUGAAUGCGACGUGAGUCUGCCGGACGAGACGCGCGAUCUCGUAAACGCAGGUGCUGCACCUGUGGACGCGGCAUACGCGUAUGAACUACGAUUUGACGGCGGGUGUCGAGGCAACCCGGGACCCGCGGGCCUCGGCGCCGUGCUCUACAAGGACGGCGCCACCGUGUGGGCGGGAUGGUGCGACGUGCCGGACCCGGCCACGACGAAUAACGUCGCGGAAUACAGCGCGUUCCUGUUCGGCUGCGAGGCGCUGCGGCGGUUCAAGGUCGACCGCGUCUCUAUUUUGGGUGACUCGAAGCUGGUGAUAAGUCAGGUGAAGGGCGACUGGCAGUGCCGCGAGAAGCACCUGAUCGCGCUGCGGGACCGCGUGCGGGCCGCACUCACAAAUAUCGACUGGACCGCGCGCAACGUGCCGCGUGCCCAAAACGCUGUGGCGGACGCACUCGCGAACCACGCCAUGGACUCGCACACGAGCGGCAGCUGCGCGCCAUCAUCGCCAUCGGCGCCGCCGCCCGCGGCGGCCGGCGACCGCGCCGCUGAAAAAGCGGCCGCGCUCGCGGUCGUGGCGAGCCUGCGCGCGCUCGCCGACGCGGAGGAAAAACGCAUCGAGGAGGAGUACACAUAACACAAGUCUUAU